UUAGGGUUUCCAUGGCCUCUCAAGCAGCACUGCUUUUAUCUUUUUAUUUUAUUUUAUUUUGGGUUUUCCUAUCUCUCCACUAUCCAUGCAUGAGGAGCCACUCACCUCUUUUCUCCUACCACUGCAGCUCACCAUAACAAAGAAGCUUGCAGGCUAAGAAACUUCAAAAUAUUAGAAGAGGAAAAGCUCCUCCCUUUCCAUCUCUCUCUCUCUGCAACUCUUGUGUGAAUUUCCUUCAAAACCCAUAAACCUUUACAAAAGAAAAGGAGGAAAAUCAUGGUUUUUUCAUCUGUUCCUGUCUAUCUAGAUCCACCCAACUGGCAACAUCAGCAAAAUCAUCAACAGGGGAGCAGUAGUGAGAAUCCCCAACUUGCGCCGAUGGCGCCGCCACAGGCGGCAGCUGGAAGUGGCGGUGCGCCAGGUUCGAUUAGGCCAGGCUCGAUGGCAGAGCGAGCCCGUAUGGCUAAGCUCCCCCAGCCGGAGACAGCGCUGAAAUGUCCGCGGUGCGAAUCAACAAACACCAAGUUCUGUUACUUCAACAACUACAGCCUCACGCAGCCCCGCCAUUUCUGUAAGACCUGUCGGAGGUACUGGACGAGAGGGGGUGCACUGAGGAAUGUUCCGGUAGGCGGGGGCUGCCGUAGGAACAAGAGAAGCAAAGGAAGCAGCUCUAAAUCUCCAGUCUCGUCCGACCGCCAGUCAGGUUCCUCUUCUGCAGGUGCAAUUCCUUCUAACAGUACUACCAUGGAUAUGAUGAGCCAUAUCCCACAGCCUCCUCAGCUGCAAUUGCCUUUCAUGACUUCUCUAAACCACCUUUCUGACUACAAGGUGCCUGAUAUUGGACUGAAUUUCGGAGAAAUCCAGCAGACAGCAGCAGUAACAGCCAGUGGUGGAAUGGACAUGGAUUUUCGUAUGGGUGGAAAUUCAAGCAGCGCGGUUUUAUCAGCAGGACUGAGCGAGCAGUGGCGAAUGCAACAAAUGCAGCAAUUCCCUUUCAUGACUGGCUUGGAACCACCACCAGGGCUGUAUCCAUUUGAAGGUGAGGGGAGUGAGCCAGCUUAUGGAGGUGGGGUCGGUCAGAUUCGAUCAAAACCAUCUGGGUCAGGGGUUAGUCAGCUGGCUUCUGUGAAAAUGGAAGAUAAUCAAGGGCUGAAUUUAUCAAGGCAGUUUUUGGGUAUUCCAGGAACUGAGCAGUUUUGGGGUGGGAGUGCAUGGACAGAUCUUUCUGGUUUUAAUUCUUCUUCCACAGGCCAUCUUUUGUAAUUCUGCUCUUUUGGGUGGCUGUAAUGUAACACUUGAAGCUCCAUUUUUAGUACAGCUUCAAUGGAAGAGAAUAUAUCAGUGGGAAGGAAGUGAUUCCUUCCAACCAACUUAAAAUUUCAAGAAAGUUUCAAUUGAAGAGUCUAAGAUGGCGAAUUUGCAACAGAAGAUCCCACCUCUUCAAGAUCUAGAAAUGGUAGGCUUCUUGUUUUGAUUUAUUUGAUGUUGGUUUUUUUUUUUCUUUUAUUUAUAGUAUGUUUAGGGAAAUGGGUGAAUGAGUUGAUGGGAGUUUGAUAUCUGACUUGAAAGGGCUAAUUGUUAGAAAUGGUAGAAAGCACUGUAUUGAGUGAAUAUGUUCAUGUUUGUGUAUGAAUUUCUCACAUAUCCUUUAGAAACAGUGGCAUUACUUGCAUUGCUUUGGAAAGUAUCA